AUGGAGAUGCCUGUUCAGAGCUUCAAGAUCAGCAGUUUGUUUGACUUCCCAAUUUGGAACCGGAAUCGUUUGCGCCAAGCAAAUCCAACAGACUGGGUCAAUAUCAGUGUCUGCCCAUUAUGGUACUCGAAUUUGACACCAGACCUCAUCGCCUUCGGAAAACGUAUGAGUUUCCGCACAGGUCUCCAGGCAGCAGAGUACUAUGACGCACAACAUAGUUGGGAAAUCAGCAUCACUGCAGCAUCUGUCGCACACAACCACUUCUACUCAUCUCUCGACUAUUACCGACUGUACAGAAUGAUGACGAGGACUCAGGAUUCACAAGACCAGACUAUGCUCCAGAUGUCUGCAGAGCAAGGUACACGCUCGAAAGACUCUCCUGCACCAAACCUCCCAACCUACAAUCGUGUCUUCUGGACCCGUCGCAUUUCUAAUCCAGGUCCUCUGAAAGUAGGCAUGAUGCUUCGGGGCCUAGGUCUGCGACAAUCAGAUGGUCGGAUCUCCGACCACGGAAAACCCAAAUUCGACAAUCAAACCGUCAAAUUGCUCGCGGACGCCGUUGCGAAAACCGUGGGUAUACUGCCUACUAUUGCGAGCGAUCUAGUGAACACGGCUAUCCACGAUGUUGACCUGGACGGAGAUGUCUCAGACUUGUUGAACAAGUUCGGGGCGAAGAUCUGGGGAGCAGGGAAAGAUAGGUCGUGGUUAUUCAAGGCGACUGAUGGCGUGGAAAACUAUCCUCGAGACUUGACUUAUGAGAAUCAAGCGGAUCGAGCAGUGUUGAGGUACUACCUGCGCUUGUGGAUUCUGAUCAAGGCUUUCAAUUGUCUCCGCAAUAAGAGCUAUGCGAGAAACAACGCCACUACUAUCGAGGACGGCAUUGCGCCAUCGGACGUCGAUGACACAGAAGAUUUGCAGUCGACGGAAGAACUAUUGCUUGCGGUGAAACUUAGACAUCAACCCAGCAGGUCGUGUGCCACCUCAAGAGCAUCACUGCUCCUGUCUCCAACAGACGUACCUAUAAAUAGCACUGAAAACGCUACGGCUAUGUUCAAGGAUGUUGGACACAACACUCCAUCUUCUGUCUCAAACGUAUCCGGUACAACUGUAUCGAUGCAAGCUUCACAAGGUAACCAUGCCUCACAUAGAAAAACCCCGCUCAAACGCCAGGUCGGCCUAUCUGCUCUGGUUCCAGGCAGUCGACCCAAAACAGCGAGUCCAGAUCUCUAUGUCGAAGAUGACCAUAUCAAUGGGCGAGAAACCGCAGAAGCACACAGAAACCUGGAGCAAGCGGCACAGCAUCUUCGCGCCUCCGAUGAGGAGCUCAACAACCUCAAUUUUAUAGCUACAGAGCCCGCUAAACCCACCAGAAGAAGCAGUCGAAAGGUGCCUGUCCUCAGUCCCCCCUCAGAAGUACUUCCAAGAUCCACACCGGAUGAGUCUAGCAGUGCAAACUCACGCCUAACACGCAUCUCACGCAAGACAGUCACUGCCUGCAACCUCGGGAACGACUCCUCUUCUCCUCAUACCAGCGCACAACAAGGCAGAAAAAAGCGAAAACGGUCUCCUCCAACAGACACAAACGAAAUACACCCACACCCAGCAAGCCCAGCACUUCCAAGCCUUCCCCCAACACCAACCCUCCCACCCCCAAACCCCUCCCACCUAACCACCCUCUUCACAACCUACCUAGCCAAUCCCACCUCCCCAGACCCAACCCUCCUCCCCCUUAUCGACCGCGCAUUCACACUCCUCACACCACAUCUCCCCUCGUUCUUCGGCGCAGACCCCCAAUCCCUCGCCUUCUUCCCCGCUACGUUCUCAGCCUGGCUUGCGUAUCGACGUGCAGUGCUUUCUGUAGAAGCGGAGAUAUCGUCUCUGAGGGAUGAGCGGGAAACGGAGCUGAGAAGGAAGAUUAAGCGUACGCGGUUGCUCACUGCGCUGCGGAAGGCGAGGGAUGGGUUUGUGGCUGUGGAUGGGGGAGGGCUGGAUGCGGAGAGUGUGAUGUGCUUGGGGUUCGGACGGCUACAGCGGUCGGUUGUGGAGAGCAACGGAGUCGAGGAAGAUGUUCGAAAGGGGCUACAGGGCCUGGAUCAGCGGCUGGUGGAGUUGGGUGAGACGCUUGGAGGAGGGAGGUGGAUUGUCAUGGGUUGUGGAUAUGUUGGGUGUGAUUGA